GACAGGUCUGAGACUUGUAAUGACAACAUGGAGCCAGAAGGGGGAGCUGACAGGUCUGAGACUUGUAAUGACAACAUGGAGCCAGAAGGGGGAGCUGACAGGUCUGAGACUUGUAAUGACAACAAGGAGCCAGAAGAGGGAGCUGACAGGUCUGAGACUUGUAAUGACAACAAGGAGCCAGAAGAGGGAGCUGACAGGUCUGAGACUUGUAAUGACAACAAGGAGCCAGAAGGGGGAGCUGACAGGUCUGAGACUUGUAAUGACAACAAGGAGCCAGAAGAGGGAGCUGACAGGUCUGAGACUUGUAAUGACAAGG